AUGGCGACAGUGCCGUCCCCUGCUGCCGCUCACAAAGAGCCUCGCUUACCAUACGUCAUAUAUGAGGGCGACACGGUGAUAUGCCAGACCAGUGACGGCCGCAUGUUCUUCCAGGCCGUCGCGAAGGACGAAUCCAUUCGGGUCGGCAAAAAAGUGUCAAGCUUGAAGCCUGUGAUUGGCUCCUUUUAUGGAGCAACAUUUGAAGAACGAAACAAGACAUUGGUCCAGGUGACGGGUGGUCUAUUCCCGGAUCCAGUUGCUCCCGAAACAGGAGAAGGUUUCGUACCUGACGGGGACAACCGACACUAUGCUGACACAAACUCAGCCCAGACACUGAGGCAGACCGACAUUGGUGAGCUGCGCGAAAAAGGCGUCUCUGGGGAGGAGAUUAUACUAAAGUUGGUAGAAAACAGUUCCACAUGGGAGAACAAGACCGAGUUUUCUAAGCAGAAGUACCUCAAGAAAAAGCAGCAGAAGUACAUGCCGCGUGUGCGAUUCUUACGCUGCACAGCUGAGUCGCUGUGUCGCACAUAUCGGCUGAAAAACCCAGCCAAAAUCUGCAAUUUGCGCGAGGACUCAUUGGGGCAGAUAUUAGUAUACGGCAAUAUUUUCGCGGGUGCUCAGGUACUCGUGGUUGACACCUGCAUGGGAUUGGUGACGGGUGCAAUUGCCGAACGCCAGGGAGGCUCCGGACGCAUUAUCUGCCCAUACGAGGGCCAGCAGCCUGCUGCUGAUAUCUUGCGUCGCUUCAAUUUCGACAAGCUUACGCUGGAGUCUGUUCACUACAUACCAUUUAAGCAAGUGCAAUUGCUAGGAAUGAGCGAAGAAGAUGUGCUGGAGCCUACGAAAAUUGCAAGGGACGGUUUGUCACCGGAAGAGCGGGAACGACUUUCAGCGGAACGGGCAAAAAACUUCACGGCUGAGCAGCAAAAGCGCUACGCUGACAAAAAAGCUCGCCGCGAAGAGACCAAGAUUUGUCGACAAAAGCCGUCGACAAUUCGUCAGUGGGCCCGUGAAAAGUCCGACAGUCUGGUGAUUGCGGCAGAUUACGACCCCGAGGCGAUCCUAAUGGCUCUGCUACCGUACUUGGGUCGGUCCAAGCCGUUUGUCGUCUACUCUGAAUUUCUUGAGCCGUUGACCCGGACAUUUGCUCGGCUUCAAAAUAUGGAAUCCAUCAUCGACCUUCAACUUAAUGAGACUUGGACACGCGAGAACCAGGUGCUGCCUGGCCGAACCCACCCGGAGAUGAGUAUGAGUGCAUGCAGCGGUUAUUUACUCUGGGGGAUCAAGAUUCUCGACAUUUCACCUGUCGGUGUCACUUCUAGUGCCAUUGCGAAUGAAGAAGAAGAAAGCUUGACGUGCGGGUCUUUUUCAGCCUUGAAGAAGCUCAAGGCGUAG